AUGAAACAGUAGGUACAAAGUGAAUGGGGCCAAAAACAAGAUAGCAAGUUUAUUAUCACAUUAUUUAAAUUGAACUAUAAAUGGCUCUCGCAAGUAGAGGUAUUUUCGUAGUUGGCGCGAAAAGGACUCCAUUUUGUAAAUAUGGCGGAUCGUUGCGAGAGUUGCCAGCUUCACACGCUUUUGCGGCGGCAGCUAAAGAUGCUAUACAAACAGCAAAUUUUGAUCCAAAUUUAAUAGACUGUACAAUUAUAGGAAAUUGUUUUUUUCUAAGUCAAUGUGACGGUGGUAAAACGCCCCGAUACUGUGGCAUUUAUUCGGGCGUUCCUAUCGAGAAGCCGGCUUUGGGAGUGAACAGGACAUGUGCUUCUGGAUUACAAGCUAUCGUGACUGGUGGAAUGGAAAUACUUACCAAUUCUGCAAAAGCAUGCCUCACAGGUGGAACAGAAAUAAUGACCGCUCUACCAAUGCUUGUACGGAAUGUAAGAUUUGGAACUACCCUCGGAAAAGCUUAUCAAGUAGAGGAUCAUAUCAAAACUCAAUUCCCCGACAGCUACACUGGUCUAACUCUUCAGAGAAUGGCUGAAGAUUUAGCUAAAAAAAUGAAUAUUUCUAGAGAAGAUGUUGAUAACUUUGCUAUGGAAAGCCAUUUAAAAUGGAAAAAGGCACAAGAAGCUAAAUUAUUCGAAUCGGAAGUAACUAAACUGGAAGUCACGCUAAAUAAAAAGGCAAAUACGAUCAAGAUAGAUGAUUUACCGGAUACGGAAAUAAAUCAAGACAAACUAUCUACAUUACUUCCGAUUAUUGAAGAUGGUCAAAUUGUUACGUCGGGUAAUUCCGCUGGUCCAGCAGAUGGCGCGGCCGCUUUGCUAUUAGCCACUGAGGAGUUAGUAAACAAACACAACCUAACACCAUUGGCCAGACUUUCUGGCUGGGCCUGUGUAGGAGUAGACCCUUUGGAUACUGGCCUGGGAGCUGUAUCAGCUGUGAGAAGAUUGAUGGAUGUUGUAGAUACUAGGAUUGAAGAUAUCGAUUUGUUUGAGAUAAACGAAACAUUUGCAUCCCAAACCCUUGCUAUUAUUAACGAAUUGAGAAUAGAUAAAAACAAAGUGAACAUAAAUGGCGGAGCGAUAGCAAUGGGUCACCCGGUCGCAGCCACCGGAGCUAGAAUGGCUACGCAUUUAGUACAUCAAUUAAGAACACAAGGGUUGAAAAAAACUGUAGCUGCAUCAAGUUGCGGAGGAGGUCAAGGAAUUGCACUCAUGUUUGAAUGUGUUUAGUUAUUUUGUUUGUAAAUCAUAUAUUAUACAUAUUUAUUUAUAAAUAAAUAAUUUCGUAUGUAAA